AACGUUGGAGGAUUGUUUCAUUAAAAUUACAUGUGUUAAAUAUGAGAGGGCCCGAAGAGGAAGUCUCAUCCUCUCUUUCGGCAGCCAGCACUUUUACAACGAAGGAGAGAUUUGUUUGAAUACUUGGCAUCAAAUACGACUCCAACAUGGAGAGAAUUGCUGGGAAAAGGUUUGUGUGAAGGAACUUCUUCCUCCUGCAAGGCGACAGAGGCAUCCGAUGUCAAAGCCGUCCGUGUUCUGGACAGUUUGCUUGUGACAGUGAUGGGCCAUAUGGAUUUGGGGCUUUGCUGGGCUAUGCAGAUGGUCGUGGCACGUUUCCAGAGCUGCAGACCUGAUUCUUGCUUAGCCCCAGUGUGUGGGAAUCGAGUUAAUCUCUCCAGUGCUUUUCCCCUUGGCGUCACAACGGCGCGUCAUCCAUGGAGGAGGCGACGUCAUGGCCUAAAUUCCACACCUGGGCCUUAUGUGAUAUCUUAAUAGUUUAUUGGCUGAAGCUUUGCAAUGGUUUCUGUUAGUAAGAGCACACAAACUAGUAGUUUUUAACAGAAUUACUGUGAGUGCAGAAGUUUGCAGUUCUUGCUCACCUGCAGCACCCCAAAAUACAGAUUACCAGGAAGUCCUUUGGAUGUGGAGUUCUGAUUUCCUCCUCCAUACAUCCCCCUGUCACUUCCAGCAUUUCGGUACUCCAGACCCAAGGCUGAGUCAGAUCCUGGGGAGUCUUCCCUGAUGAAAAUGCACAAGUUCAAAAAUAAAAACAAUUGCAUGAAAACAAUACAACUCCAACACUUCCAGUUCAGGAAGCUUAGUGACCGGAGAAUGCUCUGCUUAAACAAUUAGGCUCCUUAUCCCGUCAGUGCGUCUGAGGGACAAGCCAACCACUUAAGCUACGAUUAUCUUAAAACUGUCCAAGUCAGCUGCUUGUCUGACACUGCAGGAAUUUAAAGAGCUGAGCAGUAGAUAAGCAGGCAGUGGAGCAGCAGCCCUGUUCUCCCUGCCCUGCGAGGAGAGCUCCAUGAGUUCGUCUGACGGUAAGGAUAACUUCAUCUUAUUAAUAAACACAGGGGUUGAAAAUGCCAGGGGAUGAUCUACCUUUAGGUAUAUUUCCAUCCCUCAAACUUUCUGUGGUUUGCUUUGUGUAUUUGUUCUUGUCUAGCAAUGUAUGCAUUAAAAUAUUUUAUAUCUUUAGUGGGGAAGAUAGAGAGGAAUGUUUAAAUCAACUCAUAAAAUACGUGGAGACAGAGUAUUCUUAAAAAUUGUUGUCUUCAUGUUGAGGAGUCAGAUUUGUCUGAGUAUAGUAUUUCCUACUGUCUUUAAGUUUUAAAAAAUUACUAUAGUCCAGAAGAAGACAGGGGUUGGCUGUGUGUUUCCAAGACUCCUUUGCAUCCUAUUCCUCCGCUGGUCCUGCUGCAGUUCAGGUUUCUCAUGUUAAGGCACAUCCUCUUCCUGAUGUGAGUGAGCUGGUUCGUGCACUGGCCAGUGUCUGUGAUGUGAAAGUGGGCAGGGCUGGUGUGGGGUACAAGCUCAGAGACCUUCUAGGAGUUGCCUUCUGGUGUGAGUUGGUGUUUAGGACUGACCAUCUUUUAUUCUUGUCUAGUAGCGGUUUUCUUGUCAUCACACCCCCCCCAAAGGACUUCUUGUUUUCUGAACUGGGAAUUAACACUUGUGGGUGCCUUUCUUAGAGAACAGUAUUUAUGCAGUGAAAUACAGGAGGUACCAUCUUCAUAUUUUCUUCAUCCUCAUACCUGAAAGUGGCAUUUGAACCCAAGUGAAGCCAUUCUGGGUGACAGAUGUUGAGACACAACUUUCCUUUGCACCUUGUACACAGGGAUUUUGGGAAGAGCCAGUUUACAGCAUAAGCUAUAGAGAGGGUCUGUCACCCUUGCACACAGGGGCCGUGCUUGGAGCUGCAGAAAGCUGGGGAAGGUGGUUUUGCCUGCAGGUCUUUUCAUGUGUUGUCUUUGUCCGUGCUGACGUGGAUUGUCCCUUAGGCUGAACGCUCUUAGGCUGGAGCAGAUGGUCUGGCUCCGUGAGGGCUCCCCACACGUUGCCUGUGUCCUGUGUUAGUGGCAGGACACGUGCAGGAGCACAAAGCUCGUUAGGGGCUCUGCUUGGGCAGAGGUAUUAAAGGCUCCUGGCGUAAGCAGGCAAGAGACAACCCUGUUGUCAUUCUGAUAAUGACCAGCUGAGUUGCACUGAGUGAUUGUGUGUGUCACUCAUGUCUGUUUGUGGUCUGGAAACAAUUUGUUAGUCCUCUGCCAACAUAAGAAACUACUUGGAAUCCCAUUUCCCCUUAUAGACUCUUAUUUUUGCAUUAAACAUGUGGUUUUUUCAUCCUUGUAUACAUUCAUCUAAGUAUUUCCUUUUUGUGGAGUGUUUAUCCUCAUUGUCAAAAAAGCUGUUUUAAAAGGAAAAAAUGACUGUGAGAAGCACUUAGGGAUGUCACACACAUAUUUACAGUGUGUCCUGAGGAUGGGAUGUCACACAAGUAUUUACUGUGUGUCCUGAGGAUGACUGCUGAGGACUUUGGGAUGAGCAGGCACAGGCUGUCGGUGCCAGGACUCGUGGGGAGAUGAGCCACCAACUCUUAGCAGUUGAUAAUCUGUAAAAGAAAUAAUUUUGCAUGCUGUCAUCACUGGGAAGCUCGAGGCUUCAUGCAGUAAGUAGAGGCUUUUUACUAAAUUGAGACAUCUGUAGAGAGCUGAUGGUUACACUAUUGCAGUAAUAUUUUCCGUGCCACCAUUCCCAAUUCAUCAGAAAUUUUUGUCUCCCCUGCAUUCCUGCUCUAAAACCAUCACCACACUUAAAAUGAGUAGAUGGUUCCUAAAAGCUAAUCUGACCUUAAAAUGGCUUGUUUGACAUCCCCCUAACUGUUAAGUUUGCCUCAUGCACCAGCCUCCUGGCCUGGCUCCUGAUAAGCUGCUGUGGUGCCAGAGGGGAUGUCCUCACUGCAGCUCCCUCCUCCCUCGGGAUGCUCCGUGUGAUGGCUUAGCAGCACAUGGCUGUGUGCAUGAGCUCUGUCACCACAGGUUACACAGGGAGAGGAGACCUGCAAGGUGUUCUCCUUGGCUGUGGUUUCUCCCUCUGUAACUGGAAAAAGUGCUCAGUGUGUCCCCAGCUCGGAGAAGGGAUCAUGCAAAGGGCAGCAGAGGGAGGGAGAGGCAGGAGGGAUGGGAAACAGCAGGGCAUGCAUGGAGGUGGAAGUGAAGAAAAAUGCUCAGGAUCUCUGCCAAAGAAAGCUGUAAGCUUGGUCAGGUCCUGCUGGCUCAAGCUGAGAAUAGCAAAGGUUAGUUCAGACAAAUCUUCCCGGUGUCAAUAAAUAAGAUUUUGCCCAUCUGGGCAAUGCACACAGUGGUUUUUACUUGGCUGGCUCUUGAAAAAGCUCAUCUUCCUCUCCUUCCACCCAAGUUAAGAGGUGCGAGUCCCGCCUUUUACAGUUCUGUUUCCUCCCUUCCUCCAGCAGCAAGAAAUCAGGCAGGAGUGAUGAGCUACCUGGAUGAAGUUCCCUUCAGGAUGGCCCUGAGCCUCGACGGGGACUCAGGGGGAGAAAUCCCCUUAAUCACCGCCCCGGACAUCGAGGUGCCCGACUGCACCGACAUCCUCAUGAGCACCAUGCACGACUUCUCCCUAGAAAGGAAAGUGCUUUACUGGGUCGAGGUGGCCUCUCAGCAGCAAACCUGCCGGCACCGGGUCACCUCCGAGGUCGUCCCCACGGCCCCGCCGUGCUGGCUGCUGCUGGUGGACCCCGCCGACAGCUACGGGGGCCGGGCGCGGGACGCGGCGGUGCGGCGCUCCAUCAGCAUGAGCGCCGCCGACACCUCCUACGGGCACGCCAGGGGCAGGGCGGGCCUGUCCGACACCGAGAGCGAGACCUGGCACUCGGAGGAGGGUGACUACUCGGACGAUGAGUACUCCUCGACCUCCCUGGAGGAGAAUGACAAGGAUGAAAAGCUCCUCUCCAGGAGGAGAAGCUCUGGGAGAAGCGUGGCUUCACGUCUCAGCUUUUACCAGACCCGACCAAAGACAUCGCCUGGCUUGCUGGAGCCCUCACCAGAGAACAAUGUCCACAGCCCAGCCAGCCCGGACCCCAGCAAGCAGAGAAGAUCCAUGGUGAUAUUUAACAACAUGAAGAAUGAGCUGGAGGCAGCCAGGAGGAAGCUGGCUGCUCUGGUGCAUCCUUUGAACAGAGCUGCCACGGGGGGCAGGGGGAUCCCGGUGCCACGGCUGCUCCCACAGUGUCCCGGCACCAACCGUGGUGUCAAGUACGGGCCAGCCCAGGACGUGUCUCAGCUGGGGACCUUGGUGCCAACUCCUCCAGCCACACCUGCACCAAUCCCACCCAUCAAGCGGCACAAACCCACAGUACCGUCCCUCAGCCCCUACACCUGCCUCCCCCCUGCCUGCACACCUGGGAGGCCCCUCAGCUCCCUCAGAUCCCAGCCGGAUUCCUCGGCUGACCUGCUCUCCGCUCUGAGCCAAGAGGAGCGAGACCUCAUCGAGCCUGUCAUAGCCCUGGGCUACCCCACGCACAAAGCCAUCCUCACCCUCCAGAAGACGGGAAGGCAAAGCUUAAGUCAGUUCCUGAGCUACCUGGGUGCCUGUGACCGGCUGCUGAAGCAGGGCUACGAGGAAGGGCAGGUGGAGGAGGCCAUGGAAAUGUUCCAGUACUCAGAGAAAAAGGCAGCUGAAUUCUUGCAUCUGUUGGCUCAGUUCAACGAUAUGGGUUUCCAGCAAAAUGAAAUCAAAGAAGUUCUUUUGCUUUGUGGGAAUCAGAGGGAGAGGGCGCUGGAAGAGCUCGUGAUGAAAACCCACUGAGCAGCACCCUGGACCCAUCACAGCUUCCCCUCUCCAGACUGCACCAGAAGCACUCAGGUGGUUCUGCUGCUCCAUCCCCACCCCUGGAAACAACCAGUCACGGACCUUCACAGCUCUUCCUUGUCCAUUUUAUGGACAUCCAUCAUAAGAGUGUUUAUCAUUCAGGCACCGACUUCAUAGGAGGAAUAUUUAUCUCCUCACCCACACGUCCCCACCCUGAUCAUCUCAGCUGUUCAGAUUAGAUGAAAUAAGAUCCAAACCGCCUUCAGCUUAGAUUUUUGCAAAACCCAAACCACAGUGUUCUCCCUCCACCUGGGGUGAUGGGUGUCAUGUUUUCAGCUACAAUCAAAUGUGGAUUCUUAAGAGAUUAUAUAAAUCAUCAGAAGAAAUUGUUUUCCUAAAAUCUGAAGGAACAUGUGUUGGUCCUGGCUUGGUAAGAGUCUCAGCUGACUUAGUCAUGAUUGAAUAUUGUAAUUGAAAUCCAAUUUGAUCACAUUAGCUUCUCCUUUUAAACCAGAAAUGUGAUAAAAAUACACAAUUCCAUGAAGGUAAGGAAAGAAAACAGGCUUGCCUUGCUCUGAAAUACAUGAGGUUGAAUGCAAAAUGGUGGAGGUAAGAGUUUGUCCUCAGGGAACUUUCUGAAAUCAGAACAGAGAGACGGGGAACUGCUCACUGCCCUCAUGCUCUGCCCAAAUCAGGAAAAUUCAGGGGAUGUUUCCCUAAACUGUGAAGACAGUGGCUCCAAAUGAAGUUAAGCAUGAAAGUCAGCAUCGGGAACAUCUGGAUGCUCGGGGGAAUUUCUGUAUGCAACUGAAGGACAGAGAAUGGGAUGUGUGUCUUGGUUUGGCACUGGAACAGUGGACAGUGUUUUCACAUAAAGUAUGUUAUUUUCCUGUGAAUUAGAUACAGAUGUAAUUUCUUUGAGUAAAGAUGCUUGGGGGGUUCUUCUGCAA